AUUUUGCAACAGUAUACUAGGCGUAUUGCACGAUAUCAUUAAUUUUAAGCCAAACACUAUUCAGGAUGGAUAAUCAAGGCUCCUAAUUGGUUUCUAUAAUUGGGUUCAUUUUCACAAAUGCUGGAGUUAUUGAGGAGCAAUACAUUUAGAGAGGAAUCGCAACGGUCCUGCGGGAAAAGUGUAAGUCUGUGGGUAUUCAUAUGUGUGAAAGAUAGCCUUUUCCUUCUUCUCAUAAUAUACUUCUUCCUUCAUAUAUAUUUUUCCUUCCCUGCCAUGUUCAAUGCGUUACUAAUCGGUCCUGAUAUCCAUUGUAGAAGGAUCCGUUUCAUUCUAAACGGGGACCGCAAGCCCGGCUCUUGAACAUCCCAGGAGGAUAAGUGGAGAUCUUGCAUUACUACUCAUAGCAAUGUCUUCAAUAGCACUUUUCCUAGUUUCUCUCUCCCCCAUUUCUGGAGGACCGAAACGCCUUCUCUCCUGGCUUUCAACUAACUGGGAAAUCGGGUACAUAGACGCGCAUACAACCAAUGCGUGCGCCUUAAGCAUCUUUCCAGUCUCUUUCUCUCUUUCCCGGCCUCCUUCCUCAGCAUCUGCAAUCGUGGCGGGCCCCGCAGCGGCCAUGUAGGCGGCUCGGGCCAGCGAUUGGCUGGCCCUCUGACAGCUCUGGCGGCGAUUGUAGGAUCCGCGAGCCACGCCUCCCUUCAGCAGGGCCCUGGGACCAUUCAUAAACUAAACGACCCUCUCCGCAAAGGCAGAGACCUCCAGACGUCCGCGCCGGGAGAGGACGCGAGGCGCAGGAAAGUAAUAAGAGCGGCUGCAUCCAGCUCCAAAAGUGGGAGGGGGAAGGAAACGGAAAGCGGCGGGAGGGGGGGGAGAGAAAUCCUGGAAAGCGGAAAAGUGCAUCCACACGCACCCUCCUUCCUGCUGCUCAAGACAAUAUAUUCGGGACAAAGGGGAAGGUUUACCUGUAACCGAUUUUUUAACAAAGGGGAAAUCCCGAAGGGGGCCUAAAGCUGGACUUAAACUUAAGAACUUUGACGAGGAGCAGGCCGGGAAUCAGCGGCGGAAAGCUUGCCUUUGGGCGAGUUCCUCAGCCGAGGCCUCCGGAAGAAAAGCAACGCUACAGAGCAAAGCGGCGCUGCCACGGCCUCAACUAAGCGGGAGGAGGAAAGGGAAAGAGAACGGCUUCCCCUCUUGUCCGCGCCGUCGAUCCAGAAUUUGGCCGCUGACCCCACUUUUGCUGGGCAAAGUCAAAUCCCCCGAGUACGGAAGAAGGAACGAGUUUUUCCAAUGAAGAACUGAAGCCCUUCGAACCCGAGCAGGCCAACAACUGGGCGCACCUCCGAUGUAAAGGAAGCGCCAAACUUUUGCGCCGGAGGAAGUAGUUGCCCGCUCUUCUCGGUGCCGGCAGUGCGGGUUCCGACGGUCUCUCGUCCUCCCUCUCGUCGUCCUCCUCGGCGGUGGCAGCGACCGGGCGAAGCGGGCUUGGCUUCUGCCCGCCCGCACGGAGACGGCGGCUGCGGCGUUGGAUCCGUCAACGUACUGCGAGAGCCCGGUGUACAGCCCGGACGUCUGCCCCAACAUGAUCGCCGCGCAAGCCAAGCUAGUCUACCAGCUGAAUAAAUACUACACGGAGCGGUGCCAGGCCCGCAAGGCGGCCAUCGCCAAGACCAUCCGCGAGGUGUGCAAGGUCGUUUCCGACGUGCUGAAAGAGGUGGAAGUGCAGGAGCCGCGAUUCAUCAGCUCGCUGAGCGAGAUCGACGCGCGCUACGAGGGCCUGGAGGUCAUCUCGCCCACCGAAUUCGAGGUGGUGCUCUACCUCAACCAGAUGGGCGUCUUCAAUUUCGUGGACGACGGUUCGCUGCCGGGCUGCGCCGUCCUCAAGCUGAGCGACGGCCGCAAGCGCAGCAUGUCGCUGUGGGUGGAGUUCAUCACCGCCUCGGGCUACCUGUCGGCGCGCAAGAUCCGCUCGCGCUUCCAGACGCUGGUGGCGCAGGCCGUGGACAAGUGCAGCUACCGCGACGUGGUCAAGAUGAUCGCCGACACCAGCGAGGUCAAGCUCCGCAUCCGCGAGCGCUACGUGGUGCAGAUCACGCCCGCCUUCAAGUGCACCGGCAUCUGGCCGCGCAGCGCUGCCCAGUGGCCGCUGCCCCACAUCCCCUGGCCGGGACCCAACCGCGUGGCCGAGGUCAAGGCCGAGGGCUUCAACCUGCUCUCCAAGGAGUGCUACUCGCUGACCGGCAAGCAGAGCUCGGCCGAGAGCGACGCCUGGGUGCUGCAGUUCGGCGAGGCCGAGAACCGCCUGCUGCUGGGCGGCUGCCGCAACAAGUGCCUCUCGGUGCUCAAGACGCUGCGCGACCGGCACCUCGAGCUGCCCGGCCAGCCGCUCAACAACUACCACAUGAAGACGCUGCUGCUCUACGAGUGCGAGAAGCACCCGCGGGAGACCGACUGGGACGAGGCUUGCCUGGGCGACCGCCUAAACGGCAUCCUCCUGCAGCUCAUCUCCUGCCUGCAGUGCCGCCGCUGCCCGCACUACUUCCUGCCCAACCUCGACCUCUUUCAGGGCAAGCCCCACUCGGCCCUGGAGAGCGCCGCCAAGCAGACCUGGCGCCUGGCCCGGGAGAUCCUCACCAACCCCAAGAGCCUGGACAAGCUAUAGGGCGCCCGGAGCUCCUUUGCAAACUCUGGAAGGGGGACGGGCUCAGACUGAAGGCGCGGCGGCGCUGCUCCUCCGCUCCCCUUUUCCUAAAAUGUCCUUAAAAAGACAAGACUCUCCUGGCAGUGAAAGGACUUGGCGGCAGCCGAGCGAAACCCGAGGUACAUUUCUUCCCUUCUCCGCUUUGAAUUUCCGUGUGUGUGAGACCCCCGCUUCUCUCCGUCGCCCUUUUUUCUCUCUCUUGUCCGUUUCCCUGAAUGUUGUCACCAAGUGAAAAACAACGCUAUUUAACUAGAUGUACGAUUUUCUUUCUUUAAAAAAGUAAGGAAAGAAAACAAAAUAAAUUAAAAGAAAAAAAUCAGAAACCCCAAAAAGAAAGAGGGGAAAAAAAGAAAAAAAAAUCACCACUAUAAAAACUUUACUGGUGUUAAAUGUAUUCCAGUGCCAAUGACAGACUACAAUGCACUUCUUUUCCUUCCCACCAUUUGCUUAAAUUUGAACUUGUUGAAAACAGUUAAGAA